AGAACAUUUUCAACCAAUUUUACACAUCACAUCUACAAUGGAAUCUCUGAACACGGAACAGCAAUCAAACGAUUUGGAUGUCGCCAAAAAAAUGGAAGACGAACGUUUUAGAUUACAGAGACAGGUUCGUAUGAUACAAACGGAUAGACUCCAUCGAACUAUGGGUGUGCAUCCGAAGUUCCGCAGACAAGACAAUUUAUUGAGGACACUCAAAAAGGAAUUUCUGAAUCUUCAUAAGGAUUUAAAGAUUGCUCGAUCUGGGGCACAUAAGAAGAACGACAGGAAGAUGAAAAUCGAUCUCGAACGAGCCCUUUUUUUGCGGACACAGACCAAGCAAGAGUGUAUAGAGGGUCUAACACUUAUGGAUCAAAUAGACGGAUUAUUGCAACGUAAAAACAAACAAAUGAUCAAACUGAAGGGCGCUGUCAGCUCCAAUAACGGUCAGAUUGAAGAACGUCGUAACUUAAGCGAAAACAGAUUGACUUCCGCAGAAAACAAGUUAGAAGCUGCGACGCGGAGAUUCAAUGUUGUUCAAUGUGAGAAUAAAAAGAUACGAGAUGAAAUUAAACAUAUGCUCAAUGAUAGAGCUAUAUUCAAUCAAUCGUGGACAAAAAUGCUGAACUCUUUGAACAAAGGCAAGAAGUUUCUAACGGAUCUUUUCGAAUCAUCGACCCUGGCUUACGACCAGCGUGAUGAAUGGUGCACGAAGCUGAAGUCCGUUCAGGAUAAGGGGAAAAUUGAUCAAAUGGUCCAAAUUCAGGAAAUGAGAGAUCUUCAGAAAGCAUUCGACCAUGAGAUGAAACUGUACAACUUUCUGGCAAAAAAGGGAGUGAUAAGAAUAAAUAAGAAGGAAGAAGAGAGAGAAGAGGCAAUUAAGAAGAAACAAGAAGAAGAUAUACGGAAAAAAAUUGAUUAUUAUACGAAAAUUUUGGAUGAUAUCCGUGACUAUACAAAAGAAUACAAUGCUGAACAAAUAGUGGAAACAUUCCAACGAGUUGAUGACGAAAAUUUUUCCAUUUACAAACUUCUAAAUGAAUUUUGCGCCGAAAACGAAGUACUAAGACGGAACCUUAAAGAGAUACAACGAAAUAUUGUGGACAGGAAAGAUUGGAAUGAGAUGAUGGAAGAAAAAAGACAAAGGCAGUUAGAAAGUCUGAAAGAGAAAUUAGAAGAACAAAAGAUUACCACAGAAGAUAAAAGGAACCAGUUGAUGUCAAAGGUAGAACUUAUAAAUGACACAAUGGAUAAAGUCAAUGAAAUAUUCAAGGCGUUAGACUGUCCAACGGAACCAUACAAGAAUCUCCUCGGAGAAAAGAUACCAUCGCUUCAUCACCUCGGGCUAACCUUCAGACUAAUAACCGACAAAAUUAAGGAGAUGGUUCAAGUCGCUUAUUAUUACGAACGCUUCGUUCAGAAAAAAGGUGAUAAGAACAGUUCACGACUUAAGAAGUACACUGUUCACCCUGAACCUUUAGAUUGCUGGACCGCUACCCCUAUCAGUUUUCUGGUCCCUGCUGAUCCUUGUCCAUCUUGUGUAGAAGCUCGCUGGCUCUCUCGAGUUAGCGACACACCUGAGAUACCUUUUGAUAAACUUCAAAUAAUCUCAGCUUUAACGGAUUUAUCCGAAGAUCCAGCCUUCGAGAGAAGUGAUCGAAUCCACCCCCUCAAUGAAUGCAGAGUUCCAAGGAGCAGACUUAUACUUGCAAGGCGAUAUAUGCAAUAUUAAACACAACAUUUGCUAUGUUAAAUUUA